CGGAGGGGGCCGGGCCGCAGCGACGCGGUUCCUGUCGCCCACAGGGGCUCCCCUCCAUGGCGGUUGCCGCGGGAGGCCGCAGAUAACCGGCCGCGGCCCCUCUCCCCUUCCUCCCUCCUUCCCUCCCCCUCCCCGCCCGCCGCCAUGCCCGCCCGGGCCCCGCCGCCCCCCGCGCAGCCCGCAGAAAUAUAUUAAUGUUGAAGCAGAACUGAACAAUGGAACCAGACAUUAUUCGAAUGUACUCCUCAUCCCCUCCACCACUUGACAAUGGAGCUGAUGAUGAUGAUGAAGAUGAGUUUGGAGGAUUUUCUGGUGUGAGCACUGCUGAUGUAGCUUUUGCUGAUUUUGAUACAGCGGACUACAGUCAUCCAAAGGAAGAGUUUAUACCCACAAAUCAUUUCAUCCCACUCCAUGAUUAUUCUGACAAUGUAGCUAGCAUUGCAACUUUCACAUCUGUUAAAAAUGGUAAAGAUAAAGACUGCAUUGCAGAGCUUCCUACUCAUACUAAGGAGCUUUCUGAUAUGUCAGCUACUAGUACUAUCAAAGAAAAAUCUAAAUUUAGAACUUCAGGUACCGCUUUAGAAGAUGUAAACAGAAGGGGGGAACAAAGAGACAACACUGGAAAAUCAGAGGGUUUUUCUUCUCGUGUGGUUAGAACUGGUGUAACAGUUGAGAGGCAGGAUGAGCAAAUAGAUACUUGUAAUGGUGAGAAACUUCCGUGUCUAGAGAUUCUAACAAAUGGAUUUGCAGCAUCAGACCCUGUAAAUCCUCAGGGAACAGAAGAUCUAGACAGUAUUGGUGACUCAAAGGGACUGAAAACUGUUAGCACCCAUAGUACUGAGCAAAAUUUGAACUCAAUGCCUAGCUCAGGUGCAGAUGUUGCAGAUUUUGCUACCUUCUCAAACAAAACCCCAAUCCAUUUAGAGGGAACAGAGCCUACAAUAUGCAGUGUUCUUAAUGAAAGAGACUCAGUGAGCAUUCAGGAGAAUAACAGAAUAAACAGAGUAACUCAUAGUGAAGAAGAGCUUUGCAUUUCAGAAAUUAGUUGUGAACAGGGUCCCUCAGCACUGGAAUUUGCAAUUUCUAGUACGUCUCAAACAACUGGAAGUUCAAUAUGCACUACAGAGAAUGGAGAGCACAGUGGGAGGAGAAGACAACAUCACAUAGAGAAUGGCAAAGAUUUUAGUAGGUCUGAGGAUUCUUCAAAAGCAGCAGACAUCAAGGCUGAUAAGAUCCAAAGCCUCAGCUGUGAUCCUGCGGGAGACAAACUGGGUGGUGAUGAAGAUCUCAAGAAUGGUGGAAGUAGCACUGAAGUUUUAGUUUGCAGUGACAAACAUGAUGAUGUGUUUGGUGACUUUGGUUCAGUCAGCAGUGUGUCUCCCACCUUCAGGAAUGCUGAAGACUCAAUAAACGCUCUUGAUUCAGAAAGAACUUCUGAGCAGCCCGCACACAUUAGCGAACCUAAUGAGGAAUUUGGUGAAUUCAGGGACACGAGUACUGUUUGUCAGCAGCCAGCAAGUUUGGACCAAGCUGAACUAAAUCAGGCUGCUGACACUUUAGAAUGUGAUACUACCAGUAAAACUUCUGGGGUAGACUUCCAGCAUACUACUGAGGUAGAAAAUGGUGACGAUACUGAAUUUGGAGACUUUGAUUCAGUGCCAAAACCUCAAGAUGAGAGUGUUGCUUUCCAGGACUCGGAUGACUUUGCGGACUUCAGUUCAGCAGGCUGUAACCAGGCUACAGACUGGAAUGCUUUUGAAGAUGAACAAAAAGACAGCUGUUCUUGGGCUGCCUUUGGAGAUGAGCAGGCUGGUGAAUCUCAUCACAGAAAAGAGACGUGGCAGUCACAUAGGACAGAUGUGUCUGCCAGGAGCGAUGGCCCAGUGUUACACAAGACUGACAGUGUUGCUCUAGCAUCUUUCCAAGGGACUAUCAGUAAGCAAGAGCUAUCACCUUCAGUUCAGACAACAUUGCUAAGUCGUCUGGAACGAAUAUUUGAAGUCUGUUUUCCUUCUAUUCCUGUUGCUGAAAUUGAAGAAGAAAUAAGUUCCUUGAAUCAUUUGCUGGAAGCAGGUGAAAAGCAGAUAACAACUGAGGAGACCUUAGGAAGUACUGGGGAACUGAUGGACGUGUGGACAGAGCUGCAGGACAUACACGAUGCAUAUGGACUGAGAUACCAGUGGGGUGGCUCCCACAGCAACAAAAAGCUUCUGUGCUCCCUGGGAAUUGACACAAGAAAUAUUCUCUUUACAGGCAACAAGAAGCAGCCUGUUAUAGUACCCAUGUAUGCAGCAGGACUGGGCAUGUUAGAACCUACCAAGGAACCAUUGAAACCAAUAUCUGCAGCAGAAAAAAUAGCUUCAAUAGGACAGACACCUCCUGUAUCACCAGAGAUGAGCACAUGUGCAUCUGAUCAGUUCCAGGAAUCUCUACCACCUGUCCAGUUUGACUGGAGUAGCAGUGGCCUUACUAACCCUUUAGAUGGUACGUCUCUCCGUAGAGCCUCUAGCACCAGAGCUAGAGAUAAGAAAGCUACAAAGUUCAGACAAACAUCUAUCUGCUGAUUAUUUUUUUAAGAUAUAUACACACACACAUAUAUAAAAAUAUAUAUAAUACUUAUUUCUUACUCCUAACUUUGGAAAUUCAGGCUUUCUUUCUGAUUUACAGUUCCCCUAUGUGAAGUAUUACAUAGCUUGAAAAAUACAAGUUAAGUAUUAUUUUAGAUUCCUGCCAUAUGCUAGUGACACAGUGGCAAUAUUAACACUUCAUUACGUAUAACUGCAGAUUAUAAUGAAACUCUGAACAAAUGAGCAUUUUAGGUUGAUGAGUUUUACUUCCUAAAAGUAUUUUUCACCAGUCAGCUAUCUCUUUAGACAUCCUCUGAAUGACAAACUUCUGUAAAGUGGCUACUUCAAAGCACAAUAUUUUAACCACAAACUGUUUGCAAAAUAUACACUUCCUGAGCUGAAAGUUUUCAGAUUUAAAGAUAAUUUUAUAUUUCAAAAAUGUGACUUCAUUCAUUAUCACUUUUGCUUACACUAAAGAGCUGAUUAUAGCUAUUAUAUUAAAGAGGUAGCUACGAACUUAUUAAUAGCUGUAAAUGUAUAUAGUUAUCACCUAAAAAACCCUUCACCUGUGUCUAUUUUAAUAGCAAAGUGAGUUGUGCCACUGCCUCUAGUGUCAGAAAUGUAAGUGCAUGCAAAGGAAAUAAAACAAGUUCUAGAAACUUGUUUUACUGACAGAAUAGAAACCUAUUAAGAAACUCCUUUACAAGGAGCCUUCUGACAGCAACUGAUUGAUUACACACAAGUUCAAAGGCAGGCUCAGAUAAAGUGCAUCUCUUACUGCACUGGUGUUGCCACACUGUGUUGUUGCAGAAUGUGUGGUGUGUAAGAGUUUGGAUAGCAAUAUCAUGGUGCUGAAGGAAAGCCUGGAUGGACCCUUUUGCUGUUGUCUGGUGUCUUACUACUUCAGUCAAUCAUCAUGCUUUCUUUUAACAAACAACUUUAAAAUGUAUCUUGGUUUGAUUUCUGUUUUAGUGCUAAAGGGGAACAGUAUAAUUUGCCAGUGAGGAACUGGACAUAAGAGCGGCCUUUGUUACCCAGUGGUCACACUGCUUUAAGAUAAUGAUAGCUAAUAGCUUAAUAAUAGCUAUUAGCUAUUAUUAAAAAGCUAGAUAAUUAAUAGCUUAAAGCCGCUAAAUAAAAUUUUGAAUUUUUUUUUCUUUUUGUUCUUUGCUAUUUGAGGAGCUGCUAAGUUUUCCUGAUGAAAGAAUGGCUUUCAAUUUCAGUGAGGGGAGAAAAAGCCCAUUAUAUUUUAACUGUCAAUUGACUUAUAUAUUGUUUCCCUUUAACUGGUCACAUCUCUCUCUUUGGGUCGUGCUGGUUCUCUUUCAUUUUUAGAUUGAAAUAAAUAUUCUAUUUUAAAGUUA